UUUUAAGAUUUCAAUACUCCAAAGAUUAUGUAUGUACGUGAUAGGAGAUGCGUAUAAUAAUAUAAAGCAGAGCAAUCAUGCAAUUAGUAUUCUAGAUAAGCUACUGACUAUAGUAACAAGAAACAAAAUGAUGUUGAAAAUUGUGCUUCUUUUAAGUUGUGUUGCUUUAGCUAUUAGCAAACCUGAAGGAACAUGCCCACAUACCACCGAUGAAACCCCCGUAUAUCUCCCAGAUUCAGUGGAAUGUGCAGUAUUUUAUGAAUGUGAUAACGGAGAUCCAAUUAAGUUGACCUGUGCUCCUGGAACAUACUUUAAUAUAGAAAAGAGUCUUUGUGAAACUCCUGACCUCGUGGAGUGUGGAGAUAGAACAACUACAACAGUAACCCCUCCAACAACAACAGAACCACCAACACCAGCUAAUUAAACGUCAUCAUUUUAUUAUUAUAGGUACGACAAUAUUUUAUUGUUCAUAAUUUCGUAUUAAGAAUAAGAUUAGUAUACAUAGUUGGUUCUCUAAACUCAGACACAACUGGCUAGUGAUUUUAGUAGGUCAUUUUUUGUUUUUUGCCAGUUUUGCCAAAAUUGGUUAGUAAUUUUGGCAAAAUUACUAACUAGGUAUUUAGUGAUUAUUUUUUUUGCCAAUUUUGCCAAAUUGGCAAAAUGACUUACUACAAUCACUAGCCAGUUGUGUCUGAGUUUAGCGAACCGACUAUAGUAGUCCAGUGGUUUACAGACUCUAUAAAACUAAUAAAUGGAAAUAUCUGACAACUGUUUGACUUUUUCUUUAACUAUCCUCUUUCUCAUCUAUCUUUUCUCCUUCGUAAGGGUGUAGUGGCGUCAUCCAAUUUAUUUGACUGUUUAGCAACGGUUGCUAACUACCGUCCGUAAUGUGAGGACAUACCAUUCGCACGUGAGCAACCCACGUGGGGAGUCCUGCGUGAUGUCUUGUAUUAAAUCUAGGACAAUUUUAACCAUCACUUCCCAGCAAACAGACUUAAGCCCAAUUACGUGAUAAUUACGUUAAAUUUACGGCAAAUUUCAACGAAUACGUAACUCUGUGAUUUAUGACGGGAAAAAAACGUAUUUCAGUGCCAAAUCAUUCACCUAUAUAUUAGUGCUUUCUUUAUACAUCUUUGACAUUAGAAUAAUAUAAAAUCAUAAUGACGAAUAUAGUACAUGUUUUUUAUAAUAUUUGUGAAUUUUGGUUACAUCUCAAAGGUACGUUUAUUUCACGUAAUAAUCACGAAACAGAAAUAACUUCCUUUGGUUUAAUUUUGAGAAAUAUUUUGGAAACAAAAUUUUACAACGGUGUUGGUUAAAUACGUAUCGCUUGAAUUUUACUCAUUGUAUUUUAUGGACGUCAAAAAAUUAGAUAUAUUUCACGUAAAAGUAAUGUAAAUAAUACCAAUAUUUAAACAAAAAGUUUAUGAUUUCGCUUUUAAGAUCAUUUAUCAUAACUAUUUCAAUCCAACCUUGAUUUGAAGCUAUUUUUUUCUUUAAAAAUAUCACAGAAACUAAAAUGAUAUUGAGUCUUAUUUUCAAAUCGCGCGCGGUGAUGAAGUACUACCAAGCCUUUCUCCUCCUUUAAAUACCAUCACGUGACUAACAUAGUUGGUUCGAAAACUAAAUUAAUCGAUUUAUCGAAUAAUAGAUACGUUUCGAUAGGAUUAUUUUUUUAUAUUAUUCUGGUAUUGAAAUAGAUUUUUAGUAAGACCAAUUAGUUAAUAGUAGAAGAAAUUUAAAAACAAAAAGAAAAUUCGUAAUACUAAUUUAAAGUAAGUAGAAUAGUUUAACUGUAAUAGGGCUUUUCAUCGAUUGUCAUUUGUUUCGAGCUUCUGUCAUAUGUUGUAUAAUCUGUGCAUAAUAUUAAUAUGCACGGAUUAUACGACAUAUGACAGAAGCUCGAAACAAAUGACUGAGAAUGAAAAGCCCUAUAGACCGUGAUAGUCGUGACGUCAAAACGUCAAAAAAAGUUUUCCAAACACGUUGUGUCUAGGUACACGCUAAAAUGUACCCAAAUAAAAAAGUUAAACUUCAUCAAGCUAGUGACUAUUUAGCGUGGACAGUGACUGUAUAUUUUGAUACACGCUAUUUUGAUAUGUUUAGUGUUUGUUUGAUAGAAAAAUAUUUGUUAUGACGUUUAAUUCUACCUAACUUUUUUAUUUGCGUACACGUUAGCGUAUACCUAGACACAACGUGUUUGGAAAAAUUUUGACGUUUUGACGUCACACUAUCCCGGUCCAUUUAAAAAUAAUCGAUUUUUAUAAUCGAUGAUCAUUACCUCUAUAUCAGCUUCUCUGGCUUCUCACAUUUCUCACAACAAAACAAAAAGUGAAACGUGAAGGCUUUAUUUCCCUCGUUUUAUUUUAGGCGGGUUUAUUUAUAGUAAUGUCUUUCGUAUUAACGUUUACCUCACUGCUCGAUUAAAUUUGUGCCAUGAUGCAAUUAGAAAAAACAAAAAAGUGUCGAAGUGUCCUCCUCGAAAUUAAAAGUGACCUGUGUUGUGUUUUGUGUUGGCAAAUUUUUUAAUGUGUCUUUAGAUCGGUACCAUUUUUGGUUCAUUAUCUUGUAUAAUAAUUAUACAGGACACAUGUUUUAAAGUCUCUAAAUUCUACUAAAUAAAUACAUUGUUAAUACUUUAUAUGCUUGUUUUAUUUAUAUCAUAUUAUGAGGAUAAUAAUUACGUGAUUCAUAAGUUAAUUAAGGUCGAAUUAUUUACGUGAACCGAGGACGUAUCUUUCACGUGAAUACUAAUAUAUACAUUCCCUAAAAGAUAUGUUAAUCAACACGUAUUUGCAACGUGAAUUUCCCGAAAGAUUUUAUUGCUAUUUAAGGUAAAUAACACGUCUAUUGAAGACGAGUUAUUCACGUAAUUUAAAGACGUAUUUUGAAUGUGACAUUCCAACCAAAUUUUCACGUGAAAUUCACUUUAUCAAUUUACGUAUAUUGGUGACAAAUGUACCAAAAAUUCACGUAAUUAACACGUCGGUCUGUUUGCUGGGUUAUAACUAAACAUAACAACGUGAAUUUUUCAUAAAAAUUGUACUAAUUUAAAGGGUUUUUACCCACAAGUUUUUACUUUGGUGGCUCUGUGGCUCAGCAUGAUAUCAUCCUGUUUCAGUACUAGUGAUGAUCUUUUCAGAUCAAAAACGUUCUAUGACUGUGAUCCCUAGUUCAUUCAUCAUGGUUAAUGUAAACCAAUUUGGAGAAGAUACUGAUCAUGGACUUCGGAUACCAAGAUCCGGCAGGGGAAGAAGAACACGAAUAUGUAAGGCUUCCCAGGUCGUCAACCCACGAAAUCCUUACCAAUAUUUAAACACUAAUAGAGAAAAAAUGUGCACGUGGAACGUUCAAAAAAUCUGUACGUGGAAUGUUCGAAGUAUGUUUGAAGGGGGAAAGAUACACAACACCAUUCAAGAAAUGAAAAGACUAGAUAUCGACGUGAUGGGAAUCAGCGAGAUAAGAUGGCCAGGCUCGGGAUAGUACUGUGUAGAUGAGCAUAUAGUAUAUUAUGCGGGAAACGAUGAACCACAUCACUGGAAUGGCGUAGGUGUAAUUCUGAGCAAAAAGAUUGCUGGGGCUGUGAUUAGCGUGCUACCUCUCUCUGACAGAGUCAUUCUCAUGAAGCUGCAGAGCAGACCAGUUAAUACCAACAUCAUCCAAAUUUACGCUCCAACAUCAGAAAAGCCAGAGGAGGACAUCGAGGAGUUCUACGCACUUGUACAAAAAGCACUAAAAUAUACCAAGAAGAACGAGCUUACCAUCAUUAUGGGUGAUUUCAAUGCCAAAGUCGGUAAAAACAGAAUAGAAGACAUUGUCGGACAACACGGCUUAGGCGAGAAAAACGAAAGGGGAGACCGACUUAUCCAAUUUUGCCGGGAAGAAGAUUUUACUAUUGCUAACACGUGGUUUAGACUUUCCCCGAGACGACUUUACACAUGGAAAUCACCUGCAGAUACAGCCAACAAUAUGAUCAGAAACCAGAUAGACUUUAUUCUCAUUAACAAAAGGUUCAAGAACAGCUUGACUUCGGUGAAGACCUACCCAGGAGCAGACGUCUCAUCGGACCACAACCAAUUAGUGGGCCAGGUAGAACUCAAACUAAAGAAAUUCAUCAAAAGUAAACCUAAACAGAACCUGGAUUAUGACACUCUAAAAGACCCCGUAGUUCGUCAGAACGUAAGAGAUGUAAUGAGAGAAAAACUAGAAACCGCUAAACAACAAGAACAGAGUGUAGAACAAAAAUGGAGUUAUAUCAAAGACGUCGUGCUGAAUGCGGGAAAGAAAACUAGAGUAAAAAAUAAAGAAUGGAUGACUGAUAACAUUCUGCAGAUGAUGGAUCAAAGGAGAUUAAUGAAUAACAGGGACGCGAAGAAAUACCAAGAAAUCAACCAAACAAUUAAAAAAGAAAUACGAAGAGCCAAGGAGACAUGGAUGCAAGAAAAAUGUAAAUUAAUCGAGGAGCUCCAAGUGAAACACGAUCAUAUAAAUAUUCACCGAAAGAUUCGAGAAGCCACUGGUCAAUACAAGAGGAGAAACACACACCUCCUCAUAAAAAAAGACGGGAACCUAACGACGACAGUUAAGGAGAAGCUGGUGACCUGGAAAAUGUACAUCGAUGAACUCUUCUGGGACUACCGAGGCAACCUUCCAGAAAUAAAUUGCAUGACAGGGCCGUCAAUACUAGAAAGCGAGGUGAAAGCGGCUUUACAGUCUAAGAAUAGUAAAGCCACAGGUCCGGACGAAAUACCCGUCGAACUUAUUAAGGUGAUGAGUGAAGUAAGCACGAAGGAGUUAACUGAACUGUUAAACGCCAUAUACGAUUCAGGUAAUAUCCCAGAGGAAUGGCUAUCGUCAACGUUUGUAACAAUACCAAAAAAACGAUCUGCGAAAACGUGCGAAGAUUUCCGAACUAUCAGCCUUAUGAGUCAUUCACUUAAGAUUUUUCUUAAAAUCAUACAUGCCAGAUUUUACAAGAAAUGCGAGGAAAAUGUCGGUGAAAUGCAAUUUGGAUUCUGCGAUUCCAUGGGUACACGUGAGGCACUUUUUAACCUUAAAAGUUCUGCUUCAGAGAUGCCGCAGAGAUGUUAGUUGUGAUGUCUAUGCUUGUUUUAUUGACUACGACGCCAAGGCAUUUGACCGUUGCCAGCAACGGAAGAUGGUCACCGCCCUAAAAAGAGUAGGAGUAGAUGAGAAGGACAUUCGGAUCAUCAUGAAUUUAUACUGGAACCAGCGUGCUCAAGUCAAGGUCGAAGACCAGUUGACCGACCAAGUGAAGAUCAUGCGAGAAGUAAGGCAGGGCUGUGUGCUCUCGCCGACUCUUUUCAAUAUAUACUCUGAGGAAAUUUUUACUGAAGCCCUCACAAACCUAGAGAUGGGAAUCCGAGUGUAUUACUAGCAACCAGCCUAAAUGAUCUACAGGCCCUACUAGACCGUGUGAGAACUAUGAGCGUAACAUACGGACUGAACCUUAAUAUUAAGAAAACUAAAUUCAUGGUUGUCAGCCGUGUAAAUUUAGAUCCCGGGGCACUAAUGGCAGAUAGCGAAGAGAUCCAGAGAGUCGACAGAUUCACUUACCUCGGAACUACCCUCAACUCACAAUGGGACCACGCUCAAGAGAUUAGAUCCAGAAUUGAAAUGGCACGGUCUACAUUUAUCAAGCUGAGAUCCUUGCUGUGCUGCGGUGAUCUCAGUUUGGGAACAAAGAUGCGGAUAGUGAGGUGCUACGUUCUUCCGGUGCUACUGUAUGGAGUUAGCCUGGACACUGACGCAAGCCACUGAAAAGCGGUUUGAAGCCUUCGAGAUGUGGAUCUACAGGAGGAUACUAAAAAUAUCUUAUGUGGACCAUGUCACCAACAUUGAGGUCCUACAGCGCAUGACAAAAGAAAAAGAAGUGCUUAAUUUAGUAAAACAACGUAAGCUUGAGUACCUUGGCCACGUGAUGCGGAACGAAGAAAAAUAUCGAGUUCUUCAACUCGUCAUGUAGGGCAAAGUAUUUGGCAGGAGAGGACCGGGACGCCGUCGUAUCUCGUGGUUGAAAAACCUCCGACAAUGGUUUGGGAUAACCUCCGCGGAGCUGUUUCGCAGAACAGUCAACAAAACAAUGAUAGCCUUGAUGAUCGCCAACAUCCGGACCGGAAAAGGCACUGAAGAAGAAGAAGAUUGUGAUGUAGCUCUUUCAGGGACGUUUAAUAAAUAUAUACCAGCAAUAAAGGAUUUUACUAAAUAAUUUUUUUUUGAGAGUAAUAGCUACAGGACAUUAUUUUCUUUGUGGAUACUUUAAAAUGAUAAAUUACUCUGAUAAAAUUUAUUUGAAAAACAAGUUAUCAUAUUAGACUGGAAAAGUGCCACUUCUCUGGAACAAAUGAUCUAAAACAGUUUUAAGAGAUAAUAUUAACCCACUAAGUGCCAAAUUUUUUAUCUUUGUGAUUUAUCUUAAAGCAAGUGCGUUAUUACUUACACACAACCAAACUUAUGGAAUCAUCUAAUAUUUUUUAUUAUUUUAAACGAAUUAAAGCUAAACUUAAUUAGUGGAGUCAAUGAAGGUUUUCACCUCCGAUUUCGUUGAACCCCCAUCGAUUUUCAUGAAAGUUGGUAAGUAUGUAGAGGAUACCUCAAGAAACAAAGGUGACAUGGUGCCAACUUGAGCUUUUACCCUGGGGUAGGAUGCCACCCCUUCUCGGGGGUGGAAAUUAUUUUAUUAAAAAUAAUACCACUAAUCGAUAGAGGGACAAAUUAUAAGUAAAAUUUGUUAUAUAAAGUUAUUUCAAUAAAUCAAUAGUUUUUGAGUUAUUAAAGAUCAAAAGUUUUGAUUUUUCCUGAAAAAAAUCCAUGUUUUAAAGCAGUUUUUCAUAAAUAACUCAAAAACCAUAAGUUUCUUCAAAAAAGUUGUUAUUACCAAAAUCGAAGAUAAUAUAAAAAUAAAUAAGGUCCUUAUUCGAAAAAUCCUUUAUUACAUAUACAAAGUGAGUUAUAUGCAAUUGAAUGUAUAUUUUUUUCCGCGAGUAUUCAAAUCUUAGUAUUCAAGCUUAAAUAACGGGAAAACGUUGCACUUUGUUAAAUAUAGAUAUUAAACAUUUUAAUAUAAAGUACUUAAAGGUAACUAUCAAAAAGCUAUAUAAGAAGUCGAUAGCAUCAAAAUUAAGCAAGUUAUGAUGGAAAUAAGAGGACCCUUUCAGAUUUUUUAGGGAAGAAUGAAAAAUGGAACAUACGUCAUUUCCACAAAAAUUAAAAUUUAUAGUAACCGAUUUAAAACUUUAUUUAUUUUAACAUGAGUAAUAACUUCAACAAUUUUGACCGGUUUAGAAUGCAUAUUUUUGAAAAAAAAUAUGAUUAAAAAAAAUUAGAAUUUUUCAAAUUUUCGUGAAUUUCAUUUUCUUUUGAUAAUAACUCCAAAAAUACUCGAUAUACUUAAAAAAUGGUAGAGAACAAAAUUUUAGUUUUAACUUUAUUUAAGCUUUUUCUUUGUUUAAUAUUUUUUUACGACAAAAAAUAACCGAGAUAGAAACAUUUAAAACCUAAAUUUUACUGCGAGAACCAUGUAACCGGGGCCCUUUCACCUUGUAUUUAAAAAAAAUAAAGGAUUUAGAAAAUUAUGUUUAAUACAGUGUUAUAGAACUUUUACUUAUCUUUGUAAUGGUUUUUGGAUAAAUCUCAUAUUUCAAAAUUUAAUAAAUUUAAAAAAAAAACCAAUAAUAUUUUCUUUGAAAAAAUUUUAUAGCGGAGAUUUUGUAUGUAUACAGGUUGUGGGAAGUCCAAUUAGUCGUUUGUUGUAGGAGAUACGAAAAAAGUUUAUUUAGGUGAGAUUGGGGCAUAGAUAAUAUCAGAAUUUAAAUACAUUUCCAAAUAUACAGGGCCACCCAUAUUGACAGGGUGAAACAAAAUUAUCUUUUGUUUAAUGGAACACCCUGUAUAUUUUUACAUUUUUGGAUUCUCCUCUAUGUUUUAUUUCUUAAAAUAUCAGGUUUUGUGAUGUUAUACGAAGUAGUUUAAAAGAUAAUUACGUUUUUAUUUUCAAAUUUCAUAGCAAUAUUCACCCCCUGUAUAAUUGUAGUGAUUUGACAUCAGAAAAUCAAUUUAUGUUCAAGUGAUUUUUAAUAUAAUCUAUUAUUGUUAAAAAUUAUUAAUCUAGCAAAACGUUUAAUUUUAGCUAAUACAGGGUUGGUCGAAACUGAAUGAGUGUUUUCUCAAAGUUUGAGAGUAUGAGUUUUCUCAAACGGAGCAGCCUGUAAUGCCUGUAAUGAGCAUUGUAAUGAAAUGCUAUUGUAUGGCACUUUAUUAUUUCCCACCCUGCCAGUGAGAACUGAAUUUAUUUUUGAAAUCCCUAACUUUAUGUCUUUAAUUAUUUUAAAUAUUGUAAACGAUUAAAAAACAAUCAAAUUAAAUUGAAAUGAAUAACCAGUGUAUAUCUUCCACAUUUACUUCAUAUUUGACGUAGCCUGUACCAUAACAUUGCACAGAUUAUUAUCCCUGUAUAGCAACGAUAUACCAUGAAUGUGAAUUCAUACUUGAGAAAUGUCCUAUAUCCAGUCUCACAAAAAAAAAGGGAUUCCUCAAACAUAAUAUAUAUGCAGACAAAAUCAGCCAAAGUGAUUUGCGAUAUCUAAUUAAGGCCCUACCAAGUUGGUUUUGUUGAAUAUAGCAUGGAAGCACGACAAUACUUUAGUGAUAAGCGUAUUUUUCGUAGUAGCUAUAGUAUGUUGUUUUAUAUUAUGUAUUACCUAUAUU